AGUAAAUAUCCACCAUUUUUGCCUUAUAUAUCUCUUAUCCGUACACUACAAGUCAUAUCGAAAUUUUCAACCAAAACCUCUCUGCAAGCCUUAGCUUGUCUCCUUCGACCAUGAAUAACAGCCUCUACUUCACACCUCUUUUCUUCCUCGCAUUCGCUUUCGUCGUUAGUGCUUCGCCAUACCUAGCUUGCCAAUCAGAGCUUGGCACCGUCAGCGAUGUCCGCGUCUCCAAUUGCGACAGUUCACCGUGUAUUUUACCCAGGGGUGGACAAGUAACAAUUGAAAUCGACUUUACUCUCAAUUCUGAUGUCCAUACCGCUCUAGACAGUGUCUUUGGAAUCAUCAGCGGUAUGCAUGUGCCCUUCCCAACAACAAGCCCUAAUGCCUGCUCCGGCAAGGGUCUCACUUGUCCUCUAAAACAAGGUGUUAAGUACACCUACAAGUCGGUCAUUCCUAUUUCUGCAAUUUUCCCUAAGCUACGUCUGAUAGUGGAAUGGUCCGUCGUGGAGGGUACCAAGAAACUGUUCUGUGUGAAAAUCCCUGCUCUACUGCAAUAAAAUUGCACCCGUUACCAUUCGUGGUAGAGAAAGAGUCAUUCCAAGAAUAAGGGACCUCAUUAAUUACUCGUACGUGUGUGCGUAAUUACAUGUAUGUGAGUGUGUGAAUCCAUUAUAUGUACUAAAUGUAUGCGUGUGAGCUGUUAUACAUAUGUGAAUACAUGUACACAUUUGUAUGAAUAUGUAGAUGAAUACAAGCAAAUGGACAUUCAACUAUAUGUAUGUAUAAAUGUGUGCGUGUAAGUGUUUCUGUGUAAGUGUUUGUGUGUGUGUAUGUGUGUGUGUGUAUUUGUGUGUGUGUGUAAGUGUUUGUGUGUGUGUGUGUGUGUACAAUAUAUAUACGCAAACACACACCUACACACCCACAAGUAAGCACAUAAAUGCAAAACAAGGUUGAAAAAAAUAGUACUCGAAUACUGAAGGUAGAGCAACAUGCUUUUUUGUUAAAACUGCAAAAACUUCACAAAAAAGGUGUUACUCAGAGUUUCACGUUCCCGUUAAUCGGGCAGUUGUGAUACUGUAUCACAACUGCCCGACGAACGGGAACGUGAAACUCUGAGUAAAAUGUAUAUAUGUGUAUAUGUUUCGAUGUAGUCGCAUGAAAAUAUCUAAUUACGCUUAUGUAUACUUAAUACGUAAGUGGUGCUUACUUAAAUCUAGCUACAUUUAAUGUAUUUAAAUGUAUGCAGGAUUUUUGUGCAACAUGAGCAACAUAUUGGAAACUCAGUAUAACAAAAAUUGAAAACCAUAGACAAUGUCAAAGUGUUAUUAUUCUGCAGCCAUCGAUAACAUAGCCACUGUUUGCGAACAACUUAUAUUGUUCCCACACCUUACAAUGCAUACAUUAUGAUAUAUGUAUAUGUGUGCGUAUGCGUGUCAGUAUAUAUAUGUAUAUAUAUAUAUAUAUAUAUAUAUAUA